UAAUAUAAUUUUUUUUUUGGUCCAAUAAUAUUAAACAAAAGUGUAUUUCUUCGAAAUUCAUCCACGUAUACUUGUACUAAAUCCCACCUCCUACUCUCACAUAUCCAUCUUUUUCUUCAUCACACUACUCAUGUUUAUGCUCUGCAAACACUCGAAAGCAACAACAAGCUUUCUCUUUGUCCCAAAUCCCUUGUUUCCUUUUACAAGAAGAUCUCAAAUGGGUUUUCCUUUCUCAAUAUGCCGCCAUUAAAGCUCAAUGCUCAAGCUCUGCUUCCAUGGCAGAUCAUCAACACCAUCACCACCAGAUGAAGCUUCUUGUAACUGUAACAUUCCUUUAUCCUUAUCUUGUUUCUCUUGUUUAUAGUGCUACAGAUCCUGGAGAUUUGGCGAUUCUUAAUCAGUUUAGAAAAGGGUUGAAGAAUCCCGAGCUUUUGGAAUGGCCCGUUAAUGGCGACGAUCCUUGUGGGCCACCAAGUUGGCCUCACGUAUUCUGUUCUCAAACUAGGGUUUCGCAGAUUCAAGUUCAGGGUAUGAACUUGAAGGGUGUUUUGCCGAGUAAUUUGAAUCAAUUGUCAAUGCUUACGAAUUUAGGUCUUCAAAAGAAUCAGUUCACCGGAGAUUUACCUUCGUUAAAUGGGUUGUCGGAAUUGAGGUGGGCGUAUUUCGAUUAUAACCAAUUUGAUUCAAUUCCGUCGGAUUUCUUCAAUGGACUCGACAGUUUAGAGGUUUUAGCUUUGGAUAACAACCCUCUCAACGCCACCACCGGUUGGUCAGUUCCGAUUGAUCUUCAGAAUUCCGCCCAAUUACAGAAUCUUUCAUUGAUGAGUUGCAAUUUAGCCGGACCUUUGCCGGAGUUUCUCGGAGGUAUGCAGUCUCUUGGGGCGUUAAAACUGUCGAUGAAUCGGAUUUCCGGUGGAAUUCCGGCGACGUUCAACGAAUCGGGUGUAAGAAUCCUUUGGCUAAAUGGUCAAUCCGGAGAAGGAAUGAGUGGUUCCAUUGAUGUUAUCGGAACGAUGACCUCACUCACGAGCUUAUGGCUUCACGGGAAUCACUUUUCCGGCAAGAUUCCUGAUUCCAUCGGCGAUUUGACUGAACUCAAAGAAUUCGACGUCAACAGCAAUGAUCUUAUCGGAUUAAUCCCCGAUAGUUUAGCUUCUCUCACAUUGGAUAAAUUGGAUUUAAAUAAUAAUCAUUUCAUGGGUCCAAUCCCCAAUUUCAAAGCUUCGAAUUUCACAUAUUCAUCGAACCAAUUUUGUCAACCGGAUCCCGGCGUUCCAUGUUCACCGGAAACCACCGCGCUUUUGAGCUUUUUGGACGGAUUAAAUUAUCCGGCGAGGCUUGUUUCAACUUGGUCAGGUAAUAAUCCAUGUGAAGGUCCUUGGUUUGGUUUAAGCUGCAUUGAUCAAAAAGUGAGUUCGAUUCACUUAAAAAACUUCAAUCUUUCUGGAACUUUGAGCCCUUCAAUUGCAAAUCUCGAUUCUCUCGCUCGAAUUGAUCUUGGGUCAAACAAUUUAACCGGCGUGAUUCCAUCAAAUUGGACGAAUUUGAAAUCGUUAACUUUAUUGGAUUUAAGCAACAAUGAUCUUUCCCUCCCUGUUCCGAAAUUCAAUCCAUCUAUGAAACUUGUUUUAACCGGAAACCCUUUGUUACAAUUGAAUCCGUCGAAACCCCCUUCUCCUAAAACCAGUCCAGUCGCCGGAGCUCCGGCGAAUAACCCCCAAUCUCCGCCUACAACAGGGAAAAAGACAAAUCCAAAAACCGGAGAUAAUAAUACUGUCGUUUCUGGUGAAGAUCCUGCUCCUCUGAGUGCUAAACGUUCUAAGAACUCCAACAUCGUCCCCAUUGUUGCUCCAGUUGCAGGUUUUUUAAGUUUAAUCCUUCUAAUCAUCCCUCUUUCCAUCUAUUUAUGUAAAGCGAAAAAAGUAAACUCGCAUCAACCACCAACCUCCCUCGUUGUUCAUCCACGCGACCCAUCUGAUUCCGACAACACAGUCAAAAUCGCCAUCACCAACGACUCAAACACAAGCAUCGGAAGUGGUUCCGGGAGCGGAAACACUGAAUCUCACGUAAUCGAAUCCGGAAACCUAAUCAUCUCCGUUCAAGUUCUAAAAUCCGUAACCAAAAACUUCUCCCAUGAAAACGAACUAGGUCGCGGUGGAUUUGGGGUCGUUUACAAGGGUCAAUUACACGAUGGAACAAAAAUCGCAGUAAAAAGAAUGGAAGCAGGAGUCAUAAGCAACAAAGCAUUGGAUGAAUUUCAAGCAGAAAUCGCUGUUCUUUCCAAAGUUCGUCAUCGGCAUCUGGUAUCACUUUUAGGGUAUUCCGCUGAAGGGUCUGAGAGAAUACUUGUGUAUGAGUUUAUGCCACAAGGGGCUUUGAGUCGCCAUUUGUUUCACUGGAAAACCUUUGAAUUAGAACCUCUUUCAUGGAAGAGACGACUGAAUAUUGCGUUGGAUGUUGCUAGAGGAAUGGAGUAUCUUCAUACUUUAGCUCAUCAAAGCUUCAUACAUCGGGAUCUGAAAUCUUCGAAUAUUUUAUUGGGUGAUGAUUUUCGAGCAAAAGUUUCAGAUUUUGGAUUGGUGAAAUUGGCGCCUGAUGGAGAGAAAUCGGUGAUUACUCGUCUUGCUGGGACUUUUGGAUAUCUUGCUCCUGAAUAUGCAGUGACAGGCAAAAUCACAACAAAAGCUGACGUUUUCAGCUACGGCGUCGUUUUGAUGGAGCUAUUAACCGGUCUAAUGGCCCUAGACGAAGACCGACCGGAGGAAAGCCAGUAUUUAGCCGCCUGGUUCUGGUCCAUCCGAACAAACAAAGAAAAACUCAUGAACGCCGUCGACCCCUCUCUCAACGCAAACGACGAAACCUUCGAAACCAUCUCCAUCAUCGCCGAUCUCGCCGGACAUUGCACCGCCAGAGAACCCAGUCAGCGGCCGGACAUGGGCCACGCCGUCAAUGUCCUUUCGCCGCUGGUGGAGAAGUGGAAACCGGCGGAGAACGAGGCGGAGGAGUAUUGUGGGAUUGAUUAUAGUCUCCCGUUGACUCAAAUGGUCAAAGGGUGGCAGGAGGCUGAAGGGAAGGAUUAUAGUAGUUAUGUCGAUCUUGAUGAUAGUAAGAGUAGUAUUCCGGCGAGGCCUACUGGGUUUGCUGAUUCGUUUACUUCUGCUGAUGGAAGAUGAUGUGUUUGGGAAAAUGUAGAUAGAUUUUUAAUUUUUUUUUUUUUUUUUUUUUUUUUUGAUGUUUGUUAUGUUUGAAAAUUGAAAGGAAAGUUGUAAUUUUGAAUAUUCAAUGGGGUUUUGUUUAUUGUGUUUUAUGUUAGGGUUUUUAGUUUCGGUUUUAGUGAUUGUGUUCGUAUGUUGCAUGGAAUUUGGAUGUGUUAUUGUGUUUUUUCGUUGUUGUACUUGUAACGUAUUAAUAAAUGUCUAAUAUAAAGAAAGGACAUUUUUUUUUUUA